CAAGAACAACAAUAAUCAUAAGAACAACUACGAUAUGCACAAAGAGAAAGAGUAUUGCAUUUGUGAUCUGAGCCUGGAUCUAGACUACAUUAAUGCUGAAGAUGUUGAUAAUGCCGACUGCCUAGAAGCCCUAAUGCUCGUCCAGCUGCAAUUAUCUCUGCACAAUGGCCACAUGGCGAGGGAGAGGCAGAUGGAGAUGGGCGGUGUUGCCAAUGGCGGUCAUCUGCUUGGUCUCAUUGCAUUUGCACGGAAAAUAGCGCGCGUGCUACUCUCCCUGUCAUUGUUAUGCUGCAUUUUGUUUCUUAGUUUCUACCUGGGCAACAACUAUGAUAGCCACAAUGGCGGAACAUCGGCUUACCCUCAGUCAACAACAAUAGACACGUCCUUGGUCAGCAGCAGCAGCAGCACAUCCACAACCACCACCAUCACUAGCGUAGCAAUCAACAACACUUCUUCAACUAUCGAAAAUAACAAUCAUUUAGCAGAAACAUAUUCCAUAUAGUCCGUCUAUAUGAUGUAUAUGCAUAUAUAUAAAUCGUUGUAUAUAUAUAUGGAUAUACAGACAAAAUUACUAUAUAGAGAUCAGAGAACCAUAAAUUUGUAUUGUAUUAAAAAUUCAAUGCAAACUCACGUUUGCAUUUAUGAUACAGAAAUUGUAUUAACUUGGGCGAAGAGCUCAGGUAAUUGUGAAUUUCUUCAACAUUUUUGAUUAGCCGCUGGAAACAAUGAAUUUGUAGUAACUCUAUGUACGAUAUAUGUAAAUUAUAAACAAUUACUAUUAUUAAUGA